CCAACAGCGACUGGACGCUGGUUCUGGGCUUGGCGCCCCUCCCUUGAUCACCGGCGCUGCGCGGCUCCGCCUGCUGCCCUGCACUGCCUGUGUCCCCGCCACUCUCAUCGCUGGAUCCCAGCACCCAAGCGCCUACGCUACACUAUAACUGUUGGAAGCGGGGCGGCCGAACGCCAACUUACCGCCCAGCGCAGCCGUCUGGUGACGAUUCUCUCGACAUGCCGCAGUUGGGCGCUACUUUCGUUCCUGGGGGCCACGAUGACUACUACAUGCCCGAGGUCGUUGCCCCGGCCCCUCAGAGGGUAAUGCCCGAGGUGCCCCAGAGCAUGCAGGAGGAUAUACAACGCAUGGAACUUGAAGCCCGCGAAGUUGAAGCUCCCCGAGACGGCAACGCGACAGCGCCGAACAACCAGGACGCGCCGUCCAAGUCCUUCAAACCCUUCCACACCAACGCCCCCGACUCCGCAGCCAUGGAUGCGCCUUCCUUCUCGCCGUUUCCCAAGGUCAAGGGCGAAAACAUCCCGCCCAGCGACGAGGAGAAGGAGCAGAUCCUCUGGCAGGCCCGCAACCUGGUGCUCCACUCCAAUAAUGUGUCGAUGCAGGUGACGUGGGCGCGCGACGCCCUCAUCUGGGUCGAGAUCGCCAUGGACGCGCGAACCAGGGAGUGGAAACGGGAAAACAAGGAAAAGGAGCGGCCCCCGACGCCCAAGACCGAGCACGAGCUACGCGUCGAUGCCAUGAACAUCCUCGAAUACUUGGCGCAGCAAGACCAUCCCGAGGCCACCUUCAUGAAAGGGAAAUGGCUCGAGUUUGGCAAGUUUGGCUUCCGCGAGAACAAACGGGAGGCGUACGCUCUCUACAAAAAGGCGGCCGAGAACGGGUUUGGGCGGGCCGAAUACCGGAUGGGCAUGCUCUACGAGAACUCCAACGAUAUCCCGAAUGCCAUCAAGCACUACUCGCUGGGUGUGCAGAUGGGCGAUUCGGCAUCGAGCUACCGGCUGGGCAUGAUGCACCUCAUGGGGCAGCACGGAUAUCCGAAAGAUUUGCUCCUUGGCCUUGAGAUGAUCCAGCACGCGGCCGACACGGCGGAUGAGGACGCCCCACAAGGCGCCUACGUCUACGGCAUGCUCAUCGCCCGGGAGCUGCCCGAUAUCAACAUACCCGAGCACGUCCUUCCUUGCGACCUCGCCGUUGCCCGGCAGUACAUCGAGAAGGCGGCCUACCUCAGCUUUGCCAAGGCCCAGCUGAAGAUGGGACAAGCGUACGAGCUCAGCCAGCUCGGCUGCGACUUUAAUCCCGCAUACUCGCUCCAUUAUUACGGCCUUGCGGCCCGCCAGGGUCAGCCUGAGGCAUCGCUGGGUGUCAGCCGGUGGUUCCUUUUUGGAUACGAAGACCUCUUCCCCAAGAACGAGCAGCUGGCUUUCAAGUACGCCCAGGACGCGGCCCUAUCGGGCCUGGCCACGGGCGAGUUCGCGAUGGGAUACUAUCACGAGAUCGGCAUCCAUGUGCCCAAGGACAUCCGGGAGGCGCGGAGGUGGUACGAGCUGGCCGCCGACCACGGGAACAAGGACGCCAAGGACAGGUUGGAUUCGCUCAGUCAGUCUAGGAUGCUGACGAAGGCGGACCACGAGACCACGACGCUCACUCGGAUCAAGUCGCAACACGGGUCGCAGCGCGGCAAGCGACCGGAACGGCUUGCAAGGCUGAAAGAUGCCAUGCCGACCGUGAGCGAGGCCGAGCAGAAUGCUGCCGCAGGCGGUGUCGACUUCCCUGAUCCGACACCGAGGCCGCCGGCCUUUGCGGUGAACGUCGACAACAGUCUCGCGAUGCGGCCCAAGUCCGCCGCGCCGUACCCCCACGACGACCAGCCACCGCCGCUCAACGUCAGGCCCAAGUCCACCGCGCCCUAUCCCGAGGACGACGUGAGGAGCCCGCAUGUGAAUCCCGGCGCUCAUCUCGCUGUUUCCGCCGGCCCGCAGGCAGACCGUCCCAACAGUGCGUUCGGCAUCCGCCCGCUGUCGCCCAGUGCCGGUUUGCCUCCCGGUGGCGGACGAGGCCGUCCCAUGUCGAGUCAGCCACCCGUGGCGGGAUGGGAACCGCAGGUACCGCCCGGUUACAGGAAACCGAGCCCCGGCCCGGGCGGGCAAUGGCAACAGCGGCCGCCGCCUCAACAGGACCCGCGGUAUGGAGCGGCGGGCGGUAUUGUCCCCGCCGGAACGAUGCCCGUUGGAGACCCGACCAGAGCCCGGCUACAGAAGCCCAACCCCAAGCUCCAGCCUUCACCCCAGGGUCCCCCGCCGGGCCAGUACCCCCCCGGUGGCGGAUACCCCGGUCCCGCCAGCCAGCCAGGCCGAGACUACGGACCCAGUGCCGGCAACCGCCCUGUCAGCGACAGCUACGGCCCCGGCGGAUACGACCGCCACAGCACCGCCCCGCCCGCCGUAGCCGGCCGCGUGCCAGGCGCGCCUGCCGCGUCAAGCAACGCCAGUCUCCGGCCUCAUUCAAGAGGCGGCGGCGGCUCCGGGCGCGCCAGCGCGCCGCCGGCGCAGGAUGCCCGGCCGAGCCCCGGUACCGGUGCCGGUCCGGGUGGGCAGGCACAGGCGCAGCAGCGCCCACAGCCUGGUGGACGCCCGCCCGCGCAGGCUGCUCCGGGCGGGAACCUUGUGCAUCCGGAUGGGAAGACGAUGGGCGGGGGGCCGGCGACGUUUGAGGAUAUGGGGAUUCCGCUGGGCAAGAGCGAGAAUGACUGCGUGAGUUUCGGUUUUCUUUUCUUCCUCGCUUCCCAUCUCCGGGUUUGCUUUUCUGUCACCAUCUUCUCCCCUUUUUGUGCCUUUGCUGCCGCUUCUGCUUGCUCUUCUGCCCGGCACAGCACAGCUUUCAUCUCGUUGCCAUGCCACACCUAUGUUACAGUGUGCUAACGGCUUGGCUAGGUGGUGAUGUAAACGGCCCUCCCUUCUUGUCUCGCCACCAUUUAUCCGUGGCCCGGCACGGAUGCUGGGCGGGCGCAUUUGGGAGGAGCAUCUGGAUUGAUUCAUAUUGGCGGUUGAUCGAUCUAUCUUAUCUCCCGGGGUCUUUGCUCGGCAGAGAAGUACGAGCCACGCCAAUCGAU